GAAGAAACUGAAGUGAAAAAGAAGUGACUGAAAAAGAAAUUAAGGAACAAUUUGAAGGAACAGAUUCAUUUCUUAACAAGAUCAAGUUUGAAUUAAAUGGCUGAUAAACAGAUCAGUUUACCUGCCAAGCUGAUCAAUGGAGGGAUAGCUGGGCUGAUUGGGGUCACCUGUGUAUUUCCCAUUGACCUGGCAAAAACUCGCCUGCAGAACCAGCAGAAUGGCCAGCGGAUGUACACCAGCAUGUCUGACUGCCUCAUUAAAACAAUUCGGUCGGAAGGCUACUUUGGCAUGUACAGAGGGGCUGCAGUGAACCUGACUCUAGUGACCCCAGAAAAGGCUAUAAAACUGGCAGCCAAUGACUUCUUCCGGCAUCACCUCUCCAAAGACGGGAAAAAGCUGACACUGCUGCGGGAGAUGCUGGCGGGCUGCGGCGCGGGUACCUGCCAGGUGAUUGUCACCACUCCCAUGGAGAUGCUUAAAAUCCAGCUGCAGGAUGCAGGGCGAAUUGCGGCACAGAAGAAACUGAUGGCAGCGCAGGCCCAGCUGUCCUCUUCCUCUGCGGUGGGGUCAGCCGAGCCAGCGGUGGAAAGGCGCACCACAGCAACACAGAUAACAAGGGAGCUGCUGCGGAGCAAAGGCAUUGCAGGACUCUACAAGGGCCUGGGAGCCACACUGCUAAGGGAUGUCCCGUUCUCCAUUGUGUACUUCCCACUGUUUGCAAACCUGAACAAGCUGGGCCAGAAAGACCCCAAUGUCAAGGCUCCGUUCUACGUAUCAUUCCUCUCCGGAUGUGUGGCUGGCAGUACAGCUGCGGUGGCUGUCAAUCCUUGCGAUGUGAUCAAAACACGGCUGCAGUCCUUGCAGAGAGGUGUGAAUGAGGACACCUACUCAGGAAUCCUGGACUGCACCAAGAAGAUCUGGCAGAAGGAAGGGCCUAUGGCCUUCCUGAAAGGGGCAUACUGCCGAGCCCUGGUCAUUGCUCCUCUCUUUGGCAUCGCACAAGUUGUCUACUUCAUCGGCAUCGCGGAGUUCCUGCUGGACAUGCUCCCCAAGCACCGAGCCUAGCCCCGGCACGCGUGUGUGUGCCCUCCCGCCCUCUGCAGCACUGAAUUCAUCUCCAUGUUCAUCAUCCAUGUCAACUGAUGUCAGAGCAACAGCACAAAGAGUUCGUGCAGGGAUGCCGAGGGGAUGGGGUUUCCAGACGAGCAAACACAGGCAGGGGGAGAGUCCCUUUUCUGUCUCAGUCUGGAACCUGCCCCCUCCUGCUCCUUCCACGGACAAUACCCAAUUAUGCAUAUCUUUUUUCUUUUUUUUUUUCCUUUCCUGUUUUUUUUUUGGUUUUUAAAUUGUCAUUCUUAAGGACACUGGUAAGCACAGACUGGGCUUGCAGACGCAGAAGUCUCCUCCUAGCCUUGGGGAGGAAGAGGGAUGGGAAGGAGAUAACGUUGAAGCCUCAUCCACCCCAGUCCCCCUCUUUCUUCCUGGAGUUGCCAGCUAUCUGAGGAGGAGCUGGAGGGGCAGCUGUGUCCCCUCAGCCCCUCCUUGGCUCUGCUGCCCUGGGUCAAGAGCAGGCACUGCACAAAGAGGGUUCAUCUCAUCGCCGCUGGAGGCACGGCAGGCGGGAUGCUGGAUCUGGCAAGUUUCUGGCCUGGAAACCUUCACCCCUUCUGUCUCCCUUUCUCAAAAACAAGUUGGACUUGGAUGACUUCUUGGAGGUCACAGGAAGGGAAAGGGGCUCACUACUAUUGAUUUUGUAAUCGUUUUUAUUUUAAAGCAAAGGGAUGUCCCUCCUAACUAGGUGUCACAGGCACAGCCGGGUGAGGUGCAGAGAUGAGAUGUCUGCUCUGUAGGGAACAUGUCUGUGGGAUCACAUGAAUGUCUGAAGGUGCUUCACUGCUUGGCUACAGGCAGGGGAGGGAGAGGAACUUGGGAUCAAGUUAUUUUUGUUCAGGGUUUUGUUUGUUUGUUUGUUUGUUUUUUUUAAUGCGGGGUUGUGGGGAGGGAAAGCCAAACAACAAGAAACCACUUACAUUCCUUCAGCCUGCCCACCCUUGG